CGUUCUGAGUUGGUGGCGCCAUACCGCAUUGGCAGCCAUUUUGAGAAGUUGCGAAGAAAAAGCGAAGACUUUGCCUUUCGUAUUGAUGAGGAAUGUCGUUUUAUAUACACAGUUUACGUGUUCUGAAUUCAAUACUUUAAGCUUAUAAGUCUGUACAAAAGGUUUCCCCUUAAGUUUAAUUUUGAAUUGGUUAGCCAAACAGAAAUCAUUCGUUUCCCUGUGAUUGUGUUGAACAGCCAGUCUUGGUUGGUUUGGACACGAAAUCGUGCAUUGUGGAAAAUUUCGUGCAUUUAAGCCUAAAGAUUCCAUUCGAGAGGGAUCAUGCCUCUCAAUACCCCUGUUGAAAGUCGAGCACGAGUCUAUGCAGAUGUGAACACGCACAGAUCAAAAGAAUAUUGGGACUAUGAAGCACAUGUAGUAGAAUGGGGUCAACAAGAUGAUUACCAGAUUGCUAGGAAAUUAGGAAGAGGGAAAUACAGUGAAGUGUUUGAAGCAGUCAACAUCACUAACAAUGAAAAAUGUGUCAUUAAAAUUCUGAAGCCAGUAAAAAAGAAGAAAAUAAAGAGAGAAAUCAAGAUUCUAGAAAAUCUACGAGGAGGAACAAACAUCAUCUCAUUGUUGGCCAUAGUGAAAGAUCCCGUGUCAAGAACACCAGCUCUUAUAUUUGAGCAUGUAAAUAACACAGACUUCAAGACAUUGUAUCAAACAUUUACAGACUAUGACAUUAGGUUUUACCUAUAUGAAUUACUCAAGGCAUUAAAUUACUGUCACAGUAUGGGAAUCAUGCACAGAGAUGUCAAACCACAUAAUGUCAUGAUAGAUCAUGAAAAUAGAAAGCUAAGAUUAAUAGAUUGGGGUCUAGCAGAAUUUUACCAUCCAGGCAUGGAAUACAAUGUUAGGGUUGCCUCAAGGUACUUCAAGGGGCCAGAACUUUUAUUAGAUUAUCAGAUGUAUGAUUACUCUCUAGACAUGUGGAGUUUGGGAUGUAUGUUUGCUAGUAUGAUAUUCAGGAAAGAGCCAUUUUUUCAUGGGCAUGACAAUUAUGAUCAGUUGGUGCGAAUAGCAAAAGUUCUAGGAACAGAUGAUUUAUAUGUGUACAUACAAACCUACCAAAUAGAUCUAGACAGUAGGUUUAAUGAUAUACUAGGAAGACAUUCUCGGAAAAGGUGGGAAAGAUUUGUGCACAAUGAAAACCAGCACUUAGUAAGCCCUGAAGCCUUAGAUUUUCUAGACAGACUUUUACGAUAUGAUCAUCAAGAACGUCUCACUGCAAAGGAAGCAAUGGAUCAUGCAUACUUCUACCCAAUUGUGAAAGAACAAGGGAGGAUGUCUUCAAUGUCAGGACAGUCUCCCACCCCCAUGUCUAAUACAGGUCAAAUGGGAGGAGGUGCCGUAAACAGCUCUUCUGUCGCGGCGGUGACCAGCUCGCCGGCAUUAACUCCCACCAUGUCACCGCUUCCUGCCAGUUCCACCGCUGCACAGUCCUAACCCAGCCUCUGACAUUCUACUGACAUUUUGUUCAGCAGCUUAUCCUUGAUAAUCUCCAGGACUGGAAAAUUGUAUACUUAGAUCUAUUGUACAGCAGAUAUUUUUCAGAUGAGUGUGUAUGUGAAACCUAGGUAAAAUUCUAUCAUGCAAAGCUACAACCCUUUCAGAACGACUGGUUUGAUUCAUAAUGACCAUUUAUAUAAGGAACAUGUAGUUAUAUUUUUUCACCCUCAAACUUCUGAACAAUUUGUUUUUGGAUAUAACUUAAGAAUGUUGUGUAAACUUGUGCCCAACAUUUUAGUGCUAUCAAAUGUGAUGAGUAUCUUACAUGUAACAUUGCUAUUGGCAAUAGUGCGUGUUUUCUGUGGUGCAUUACCUGUAGGUAAUGGAAUUUAAUCAAAGGUCUCAGUAUCAUGUCCAUGCCUAUUUAUAGCAGCUCUCAGUCAUCCUAAAUGGCCCCGACCUUUUUUUUUUUGCAGAAAAUAUACAGAACCUUAACAUUCAGGACAAAUCUGACCCCAAUAGAAAGCUGUAAGCCGUGAAUAACAAUUUGUUAAUGAAAAUGUGUGAACCCUGUGCAUUUGCUGGUAUACCAUUUUAAGCAUUGACAUUGGGCUAAACAGAGUAUUUGUCAUGAAUGGAAUGGUUAUAAAGAUCUGUUGAUUUUUUCCCCCUAGAAAAUUGUUUUGCAGAAUGUCAGUUACAUUUUCCAAGACUUUGUAUUUCAUGAAAUGGUCAAUCCUGAAGUUAUGCAAAAGUUGUCAUUAAAAGUUUGUAUAGUAAUUAAUGUUCCUUUGUAUUUGUUUUCACAUUAAUGUUGAGGUUUCAACUGUGGUUUUCUUUUAACUUGAGAUGUGUUUGAAAGUCAAUAAGCUGCAAUAUGUCAUUCUCCAUGUUUUUUUCCCCCUACAUACAUGUAUUUUAAGUUAUUACCGAGAACUAACCAUAUUCCAACCAUUGUAAAAUGUUUUACUACAGUCAAAGAUAAUGGCAACUUCAGAAAAAAGGAUGUAGGCAUCAUUAUUUUCUUGGUUGGUCUAUUUGGUUGUUUCAAUAUGAUUUGUACUACUUCUUUCUCAGGCAUGCUAAUUGAGGUCCAUUCUUUUCAUGUGCAAGAUAGAUAAUGCUGGAUCAUCUUUGGAAUACAUCUAAAAAGCUGAAAUGAUGUCCUUUGACUGUCAUUAAACUGAAAUGUGUCAUGGGAGAAAUAAAAUUUAUAAAUACAUGA